UGCGUGUAUGCGUAUGCGUAUGCCACGUGUGAAACCAUUUUUUAUUUUCGAGACAACUUAUUAAACUAAGAUGGAUCACUGGGACAUCCAUUGUCGAACAAAUGGCCCCCAAGGCAGCAUUGAAGUAGGCGCAUUUCACAUGCGUGAAGACUGUGAGUCUAGUACAUCUGGUGUGGUACGUGCUAGUGGGACUGACAUCACGGUGAUAAGCCCUAGCUCAAGCCCAGAGAUUGCACAAACUAGUGACCAUGGAAGUGCACCGAAACAGUCCCCUCAAGUUCAAGUGGAGUAUUCAUUGAAGAUCAUUAACCGUCUUAUUCCAGGUGGUGCCGUGGAACGGUUCUCAGCAAGUGUCUUUCAUAGCAAACAAGAAUUGGAGGAGAAAAUUAUGUGUACUUUGGUAUCUGAGAAGCUCAUUAAAAGUACUGAUGGCGUACAGUUUGGCUACAUAAUGCCUGGUCAUGGUUUCAAAGGAAAGCAGCAACUAGUUGAUAGUGAUGCUGAUGUGGCAACAAUGUAUGACUCUUACAAAAAGAAAACCCCUAUAAUCAUUUGGGCAAAGAUAAAAGCACAUGCUCGAAAGCGCCUCUCUAUUUCUGAUGUCAAUUCUGGUGCACCCCCGAAGAAGAAAAAGCCUGAAGAGGACAAAAACAAACCUGCCCGUCAUUCAAGCUACCAAGGCCAUUUGUCAAAAAUGGCUGAAGUUGACUCUAUUGUUGAUGAGCUAGAGGAAAAACACACUUCUGGAGAGUUUAGUCCUGAGCAACUUCGAGCCUGGGCUCAUAUGAUUCAGCUAAACAAGCACGUAUCAUAUGACGAGCCUCCAGACAAGCCAUUCUUUCGCCAAUCAAAGUUGAAGAAACGAUCUACAUCCGAGCCUCAAGGAAUAUCACCUGCCAAACGAAUCACACUGAGGUCUGAAUGCAUUGAUCAGCUUGAGAAAUGGCACAAGCUGAUGGAGCUAGGUGCUAUUACACAAGAUCAAUAUGUAGAGCAUAAGGAUACAAUCAUGAGUGACAUCAAGAAGUUUUGAGUGUAAUAUUAAAGCAAGAACAUUGUAAAGUAAUCAUACUUAUGCAUAUCCACUAUC